AUGGGGCAGGCGUCCCCGGCGCGGUGGCCGCUCCUGGCGCUGCUGUUGCUGCCGCCCGCGCUGCCGCGGCCGCUGAGCGGGGCGCACUGCCCGGAGCCCUGCAGCUGCCCGCCCGACGGCGCCCUGAGCUGCCCUGGCCCGCGGGCCGGCCUCACCCGACUAUCACUCACCUAUCUCCGUAUCAAAGUAAUUCCAUCUCAAGCUUUCAGAGGACUUAAUGAGGUCAUAAAAAUUGAAAUUUCUCAGAGUGAUUCCCUGGAAAAGAUAGAAGCUAAGGCCUUUGACAACCUCCUCAAUUUGUCUGAAAUACUGAUCCAGAACACCAAAAAUCUGGUAUACAUCGAGCCUGGAGCAUUUAUAAAUCUCCCCCGGUUAAAAUACCUGAGCAUUUGUAACACUGGCAUUCAAAAGCUUCCAGAUGUUACGAAGAUCUUCUCCUCUGAAUUUAAUUUCAUUCUGGAAAUUUGUGAUAACUUACACAUAACCACCAUACCAGGAAAUGCUUUUCAAGGGAUGAAUAACGAAUCCAUAACACUCAAACUGUAUGGAAAUGGGUUUGAAGAAAUACGAAGUCAUGCGUUCAAUGGGACGACGCUGAUUUCCCUGGAGCUGAAGGGAAACGCACACCUGAAGAAGAUGCACCACGGAGCCUUCCAGGGGGCCACAGGGCCCAACAUCUUGGAUAUUUCUUCCACCCAACUACAAGCCCUGCCUAGCUAUGGGCUGGAGUCCAUUCAGAUGCUAAUUGCCACCUCAUCCUAUUCUCUAAAAAAAUUGCCAUCAAGAGAAAAAUUUACCAAUCUCCUGGAUGCUGUAUUGACUUACCCCAGCCACUGCUGUGCUUUUAGAAACUUGCCAACAAAAGAGCAGAAUUUUUCAUUUUCCAUUUUUGAAAACUUUUCUAAACAAUGUGAAAGCACAGCAAGGAAACCAAAUAAUGAAACCCUUUAUUCUGCCAUCUUUGCUGAGAGUGAACUGAGUGGCUGGGAUUAUGACUAUGGUUUCUGCUCACCCAAGACAGUCCGAUGUGCUCCUGAACCAGAUGCUUUUAACCCCUGUGAAGAUAUUAUGGGCUAUGACUUCCUUAGGGUCCUGAUUUGGCUGAUUAAUAUCCUAGCCAUCCUGGGAAACAUGACUGUCCUCUUUGUUCUCCUAACCAGUUGUCAUAAACUGACAGUACCCCGUUUUCUCAUGUGCAAUCUCUCCUUUGCAGACUUUUGCAUGGGGCUCUAUCUGCUGCUCAUUGCUUCAGUUGAUUCCCAAACCAAGGGCCAGUAUUAUAACUAUGCCAUAGACUGGCAGACAGGAAGUGGGUGUGGAGCUGCUGGCUUUUUCACUGUAUUUGCAAGUGAACUUUCUGUCUACACCCUCACAGUCAUCACACUAGAAAGAUGGCACACCAUCACCUAUGCUGUUCAGCUGGACCAAAGGCUACGAUUAAGACACGCCAUUCCGAUUAUGCUUGGAGGAUGGUUCUUUUCUACUCUAAUUGCCAUGUUGCCCCUUGUGGGUGUCAGCAAUUACAUGAAGGUCAGCAUUUGCCUCCCUAUGGAUGUGGAAACCACUCUCUCACAAGUAUACAUAUUAACAAUUUUGAUGCUCAAUGUGGUGGCCUUCAUCAUCAUUUGUGCUUGCUACAUUAAAAUUUAUUUUAUGGUUCAAAAUCCAGAGCUGAUGGCUACCAACAAAGAUACAAAGACUGCUAAGAAAAUGGCAGUUCUCAUCUUCACGGACUUCACCUGCAUGGCACCUAUCUCUUUUUUUGCCAUCUCAGCUGCUUUCAAAAUGCCCCUUAUCACAGUAACCAACUCUAAAGUUUUACUGGUUCUUUUUUAUCCAGUCAAUUCUUGUGCCAAUCCAUUUCUGUACGCGAUUUUCACAAAGGCAUUCCGAAGGGAUUUCUUUCUGUUGCUGAGCAAAUUUGGCUGCUGUAAACAUCGGGCUGAACUUUAUAGAAGGGAGGAUUUUUCAGCUUAUACCUCCAACUGCAAAAAUGGCUUCACUGGAUCAAAUAAGCCCAUCCAGUCUACACUGAAGCUGACCACACUGCACUGUCGAGACAUAUACAGUUGA